AUGGCAUCACUUUGGGAAAAGUUGGUGGAGGCCAUAGAAGGGAGCAAAACAGAACAGGUGCGUGCCGCAUUAGAGGCAGCAGACAGCACCGCGCCUCUUCGAUCCACCACAGGAGAAUCUCCUCUUCAUGUAGCCGUCCGCCACCGUGCCACACCAGAAGUAUUUAAAAUAUUGUUAGAAAACACAGAUUUUUCCGCCCGGGAUGUCAGUGGUUACACGGUGGCGGAUCUUGUAUUUUCCACUGAGGGUCUGAAUCCAGAUUACGAAACAAUACUUGUAAAUCAUAUUAAGGCAUGGAUUCUAAGGGGACGUGUAAAUGAACUGGAGAAGCUGCUUCUAUCUGGUUGGUUAUUUUGGCCUGUUACAGUUGAGCAAGCAAGAAAUGUUUCCAAGGAACUGGAAGACUUCAUCACUAACAUCCGUCAAUUUCAGGAAAAAGUAGAACAAUUGCACAAAGCCAUUCAAGACGAAAAUCUCCGAGAUAUCAAACAGAUACUGGACCGGAAAAAAUUUAUUCUGGCAGCCGACCGGACCGGACUCCCUCCUUUUCACAAGGCUAUAGUAACCGGAAAUGGAGAAAUUAUUGAAUGGUUUUUACAGGAAUUCAAAUUUGCCAUCGAACACAAAGAUAACAUGAAGAGAACUGCGCUCCAUUAUGCUGCGGGUCUACCUGAUGCCGGCUAUAUCUACUCAAUGCUCACUGCCGCAGGUGCAAAAGAAGACGCAGUGGAUAUGGCGGGUCUUACACCAAGAGAUAUCUAUGACAAUACGGAGCAUCUACAGGUUACGAGGGUCCGCCAAAAUAUAGAGGAAAUUCUAGCUAGGCCAAUUCCAGAACCAAAAUUAGCCGUUUCCGGUUCUCAUCAAAUGUACAUAUCCACUAAUCUCAAAACAAAGCGGGUCCCUCCUCCAACCACAAUCGACGGAAAAUAUGUCGCAGAACACUUGGGAACGGCCUUGACCUUGGCUUUGGCAGAAAUUGCUGAAUGUCGACCUUGGGAUCCGAUCGAGUAUUUAGGACAGUGGUUAUACAAGUACCGUGAAAAUAGGAACUACAUUGACAGGCAAGAGCAAUUAAUGGCAGAAAUACGAGAAGAAGAAAAACAGAAAGAAGCUGAGGCAAAAGAGCAGCAACGAAUCAAAGAGGAGCAGGCGGCCAUCAUGGAAGCAGAACGUAAAGAGAGGGAGAAGGCUGAGGAGGAGAGGAGAAGGAAGGAACAAGAGGAACUACAAAGACAAGCUCGAGAAAUGGAUGCCUUAGCUCAGAGACCCAACCUGGACACAGUGACAGAGGAGAGUGAGGAAGAGGCUAAUGGAAAAGACAAACAGGGACAAUCUGAACUCCACAAACUGGCAGCUCAGGAGGGUGCAGACCUGACAGCUUUGUUAAACCUUGGGUAUAACCUUGCUGAGAGGGACAUUACUUGCAAGACUCCUAGAGACAUUGCAGUAGAGAAGGGCAUUCAGGAAAAUAUAGAUGCAAUAGAUAAUUACCUUAAGGGACUAAUAGAGAAAGAAAAGUUCAGUUCAUUAGAGCAGCUCAUGCUAGAUGGCUACACAGAAUUCCAGCCAGUUAUAGACAAACUUAGUUCUGAAGGUCAAACCGAGGAGGUCAAAAAAUUCCUACAGUCCAUUCCUGAUGUCCAAUCAAAGAUAAGCAAUGUGUUACUGGCUGCACAACAAGGAGAUCUGACAACUGUUCAACAACUACUGGACAAGAAAAUGUCUGUCAUCAAGGACAACAAAGGACAAAGUCCUCUGCAUAAAGCUGUGAUCAGGCAGCAUAAAGAUGUCACAGAACACAUAGUGACAGCCUUCCCUCAUACAGUAACAUGUAAAGACCAGAUGAACAGAACACCAUAUCAUUAUGCUAUGGGACUUCCGAGUAGUGACAUUCAAGCAUUGCUUCUAUCUAAAGGAGCAGAUGAAAAUGCAAAAGAUGUGUAUCAACGAGUUCCCUCUUACUACAAAGAGAACCCAGCAGAUAUUCUGGCAUUAGCCAAUGAGAGCUCAACAUCAACAACAGAGCAGGAAAGAGCUGAAGACCAGUCAAAACCACAGGAUGAGGAGAUCCAGUCAAAACCACAGACUGAGGAGGAACAAUCUGAGGACACAACUACUCAGGAAGAGUCAAAGGACACUCAAGAGGAAACAGAUCAGACAGCUGUGGAGCAAAGCAAGAGUCCUGAAAAUCCAGUCACCACAUCUUAACAUUUCAAAGUCCAAAACAAUGAUGUAUUUUUGUCAUUACUAUAAGGUACCUAGGUUAUAAGUAUAUGGAUAUAUGGUUUAGCAUUUACUCCCAAUCUAAGUAUAUGGAUACAUGUUAUGGUAUAGCACAUCCUACUUGUAUUUUUGUUUACUACUCACAGAUACUGGCCUCUGGCCACUGUUCAUUUUCAUCAAUACUGGUACCUUAAAAUAAAAAGCUUUUAAAAAUCCCAAAAUGUCUACAUUAUGGUACUAUACCACUUAAGAAUAUUGAAUAUGUUGGGCAAUUAAAUCACAAAUUUAUAUGAUUUUCAUGC